UUUAUUAUCAGAAGGUUCUGGGUUGGGCCCCAGUGCGUCCAGGUCCUAGGAGCGCCUCUGGAAAACAGAUAAAAGGCGCUGGAGGUUGAAAGAAAGCGCCUCUGUGACUGUAAUAGUAAAUUACUGUGGUUUUAAUGUUGAUCUCUUUUGCCAGCAGUGCAGUGCACCGCCCGCCCCGCAGAUCGUUGCGUGACUGUGCGUGUGCGCGCUCCCCGCACCUCUCCGCCUCUCUGGCUCUGAGCAGCACGCAUCCAUGGAGCGCUCCCGCAGCCGCCCGCAGCCUCAGCGCCUCGGAAUCCGGAUUUCAACAUGACAUCAGGAGACAAUCCGGCUUUCUGAGCUCGGUUCGGUUCGGUCCGCCUCACGGAACCUCCCCGGUAUCAUUGCCCAACUUUUAACAGCCCCCCUCUCCCUCCCGCCCCCCCGCCACUCCGGGGCCAUAAAGCCGCUUCCCGGGAAUCGCAGGCGCUCCUGGUCCAUCCCUGAGGCAGGAGGAAGGGGGAUCCGCAUGGAUGAGGCAGCCGACCAGGGGAUGUCUCCGCCGGGCAUCCGACACCGGGACGGAGCGACGCAGAAGCAGAACUGGGUGAAAGCGAGGCGGAAAAGGCGAAAGGAGCUGGUUUUGAUCCAGAUCUGCGUGUUCGGGGGAUUUCUGCUGGCGGUGAAGGGCUUUUCGUACUUCAAAGAAAAUCCAGAUUCUGACGUCUCAGUCGAAGGCCAGCAGAGACGUUUGGGACGAAAGCUCCUGCAGGAGGCGUACAACGGCAGCCUGGAAGAGGUGGAGAUUGAUGAGGAACCCCAGAACUGCACCGCUCCAGCUCUGCACGAGUUUCCGACCGACCUGUUCACGCACAAAGAGAGAACCGAGGGAGCCGUGGCCCUGCAUGUGCUCUGUACCGUCUACAUGUUCUGCGCUCUGGCGCUGGUCUGCGAUGACUACUUCGUCCCUUCCCUGGAGAAGCUCUGUGAGCGUCUCCACCUGAGCGAGGACGUGGCGGGAGCCACCUUCAUGGCAGCUGGCAGCUCGGCUCCGGAGCUCUUCACCUCCAUCAUCGGUGUGUUCAUCACUAAAGGUGACGUGGGGGUUGGGACCAUCGUGGGCUCGGCCGUCUUCAACAUCCUCUGCAUCAUCGGCGUGUGCGGCUUCUUCGCCGGCCAGGCUGUGAAGCUGUCUCAUUGGGCGCUGCUUAGAGACUCCAUCUAUUACACGUUUUCCAUCAUAGCGCUGAUCGUGUUCAUCUAUGAUGAGAAAGUGUGCUGGUGGGAAUCUCUCGUACUGAUCCUCAUGUACGCCGUCUACAUCCUCAUCAUGAAGUUCAAUGGAAAGGCUCAUCGGUACUUCAGCCGAAGAAGGAAGGGCUCCGGGAACCUGGCCAAUGGGCUGACAGGAAGCACAGACCUGGAGGAUAACGUCUCAUACGAUGCGACGGCGGUUCUGCUGAAGAAAGCGAACUUCCACUGUACGCCGUCGGUGCUGAUGGUCGACGAGCUGCUCUCUGCGUACCCCCACCAGCUGACCUUCUCCGAGGCCGGCAUGAGGAUCAUGAUCACCAGUCAUUUCUCCCCCAGAACCCGCCUCACCAUGGCGUCCCGAAUGCUCAUCAACGAGAGACAGAGGCUUAUCAAUACCACAGAGACCCGAGUUAACUGCAUCACCAACGGCGACUCGGACUCCGCCGCCCGGGUCGCCCGGAGGCAGGGCUUAGAGAACGGGACGGGCGGAGCCGAGCAGGGCUUCAACGGGCGGUGCAGGCUGCAGCGGCUGGAGUCGGGCAACGAGACGGAAAACGAGGAUAACGAGAACAACGAGAACGGCGAGGAAGGAGAGGGAGAAGAAGACGACAAAGGCCCUCUGGUGCCGUUUAAAGUCCCAGCCGGCGCCGGCGACAAACUGAGGUGGCUGAUCAUGUGGCCGCUGUCCCUGCUCUUCUUCUUCACCAUACCCAACUGUGCCAAGCGGCGCUGGGAGCGAUGGUUCAUGGUCUCCUUCUUCACUGCCACCAUCUGGAUCGCUGGCCUCUCCUACAUCAUGGUCUGGAUGGUGACCGUGAUCGGCUUCACUCUGGGCAUUCCUGACGUCAUCAUGGGAAUCACCUUCCUGGCGGCGGGCACCAGCGUCCCAGACUGCAUGGCCAGCGUGAUCGUGGCCCGGCAAGGUUUGGGAGACAUGGCCAUCUCCAACUCCAUUGGCAGCAAUGUGUUUGACAUCCUGGUGGGUCUGGGUCUCCCGUGGGCGCUGCAGACCCUCUGCAUCGACUACGGCUCCAACGUCUAUCUGAACAGCAGAGGACUCAUUUUCUCUGUAGGGAUUUUACUCGCCUCCGUCUUCUUUACAGUCCUCGGUGUCCAUCUGAACAAAUGGACUCUGGACUGGCGGCUGGGCUUGGCCUGCCUGGUCAUGUACGCCAUCUUCCUCUGCUUCUCCGUCCUCAUCGAGUUCAACGUCUUCAUUUUCGUCAACCUCCCCAUGUGCAGAGACAUCCACUGACCUCCAUCCUCUUCCUCCGCCUCCUCCUCCUCCUCUUCUUCAUCAUCGUAGUGUGGCUUGUGGAGGGGAAAAAAACCAUAAAACAACUCACCCGGCUUCCAGUUUGGUGGCGCCUUGGAAAGGAGUCGGACCUUUUCUUUGUUUAAGGGGGCCGCGUCUUUGUGCGAGACGUCUUUGGGUGCAACGUGAGCGCUGCAGGAAGACGCAGAAGGUUUUGGUUUUGUCUCUGGAGCCGGACCUGAGGGUCGAAGACGGCGUCCCAGCAGCAGGGAUUGUUGUCAGCUGCGCCGGGAAGCGAACGGUUCUGGCUGAGGCGAACCCGGCUGUGUCACCGCGGACAGUUGGGCCUCUGCAGCUGGGAGGAAGAGAGAGGAACCAGCAAUUUGAAGCUGCUUUGUUUGUUACUCUUUGUACAAAUUUGGAAAUAAGCACAAGAUUAAGGUAUUUUUAAGUGAAAUAGAGAUUUCUCUGUAUAUAUUUGAGGAUUAUGUAGGUACUUGUUUUAGCUGAUGAAACGGAGCCUUCCCUGGACAAUCGAAGCACCCUGUGAAAUGUUUUAGGCGAUAUUUGGCGUUGCUUGAACGUGUCCUCCAUGCCCGGUUUGCACCGACGUUGCAUGCCGUUUGCCACAGCCGUCGCUUCGCACCGACAGCGAGAAUCUACGUAUUUAACACUAUUAAUAUAUAGCGGGCUGUUUUCUUCCUUACCUAAGUAGAUGUGGUCUUUACCCAAACCCACGAAUGAAAGGGAUCUACCCCAGCACCGUCACUUUAACGUCCACAGAUUCUAUUUCUGUUGUCCUUUCAAAGAGAGCAAAUGUGUACCUGCAGAAGGUGAAGCUCCCUGUAGACCUCCUGUUAGGCUUUUAGUCGCAGUUCUUUAAAACCAAAAAAGUAUUUUUUAGCGUAAGGGUCAUAGAUUGAGCUGAAGUGUGCACGGUUCAGUGUGUGUGUGUCUGUGUGUGUGUGUGUGUGUGUGCGCCACUGCUACUGGGACGACAUCAUCGUGAUUUAUUUAUGAAUUAACUUAUUCAAAGAUCAUGUCUGAACAGCGGUGUCAGGGCUCCCCGCGCUGCGCUGCACCUAGUAUUUAACCCGACUACUGACGACUGACUUCUUCUUGUUGUUUAUAUAGAUCUUCAUAAUUUAUACGUUUUGUACAGUUUAGUUCAAACACGUGAGACGUUGUGCAGCGUUUCCCCUCCUCCUCGUGUUCAAUUAGAGAUGAACUGUGACCGUAAAAGAUUCAUCUGAGGAGAACUGGAAGCGAAGGCAUGCCGGCAUUUUGAGCUUUCGCAGCGUACCAUUCCUCUGCCGCCUCUUUAUAUUUCAGGCUUUAAUGCAGGAGGAGUUUUCCUGCUGCAGCAGCGGUUUCAGUCAGAAGAGAAGAAACACUUUUGGCAUUGGUUUCAUCAGUUUCAGGGCUGAUUUAUUUGAACUGUUUUCGUUGUUGUUUUCCAGGGUGGAAUGAUGUCAGAGCAUUUCGCUGCAGUGAUUUAAAACCCAGAAGCUGUUGCAGCAGUUUGAAUAUAUUGUAGGUUUUCCAACAACAUUAUUAAUAUUUGAUCGGACAUGAAACUGCACAGCUUUGGCUGCAUCUUAGUGUGGUGCUGCUGGUGCAGAAAUAAAAGCCCCGCAGAGGAUUGUGAGGAGAGCUGAGAAGGUCGCUGGAUUGUCCUGCAGAAACGUUGCUCACACCCUCUGCAGGAACCUUCUGAACUGCAGCCAUAAGGCAACCAACCAACCACCAGGAGAAAUCAGUUGAAUUUGAGCCAAUAAGCUGGAUAACUUGUGCUUCUGUACGACUGUUUGGUCAUUUUAAUCCUGCAGUGGUUUAGAAAUGGCCCCAAAAAUACGUUCCCAGAUGCAUAAAUCCCUAAACUUUCCCCGACUUCCUUUGAAUAUUUUAUUGUUUCGGGUAUUUUGCUGUCAGACAAAUACUUUUCAUGCUGCCAAAGAGAAAGCACCAGCAGGCAGUCAUUCCCGACCCGUGAGCAGAAGUCAUUAAGCCUGGUUUUUGUCAAGUUAAAAGACUUAAAAGAGUGUAUGUAUACAUUUGAGUCUGGUUAGAUUAGAGAAUAACCUUAAUAAAUUCAGACUUGUGCAUCUAUGCAUGUUGUCUUCAAAAGUGAUUGCAGUUUUGUUGUAUUGUUAUUCCACCCUGGAAAAGGAAAAGUUAAAUAAAUUGUCAAAAGCCUAAAAUAGUUAUGUUAUUAAAGCCCAUCAUAGAAACUUCUCAACGCAGCAGUUUAGACGACAUGUAGCAUCCAUUUCACGAUGUUACUUCUGUUUCAGCAUGAGUUUAAACUAAAUAUGGAAGUUAUUUGUUGUUAUUUAUUUUUUAUAAGAGAUUUAAACUGAGAGCGUCUGUUGGCUGUACUGAUGCGCUCCUCGCUGCCACCAGGUGGCGGUGUGGACCAUCUGUACACAUUCAGCGACACAAGCAGUAAAUUGGGUUUGUUUUCCAACACAGUGAAAAAUACAGAUUCUUUUGCAUGCCUCUAUAACUCUAAAAAUUAUUUUGUGUAAUUUCAAUGCAUUUUUAACACCAGGAAGGCGGUGGCUGCUUGGAUUAUGCUGUACAUAUCAGGGGGAACAUGCUACUUUAAACUCAGACUGGAGCGUUUCAUGAUGAGCUGUAAGCAGAGCGUAGAUCAGCAGCACUUAGUUCUCAGUUUAUUAUUGUUGUCUAAAGUCUUUUGAAUUGUUUGUAAAAGCUCAAUUUAUGUCGUUAAUGGGCCUCUGGGAAGAACCAGACGUAGAAGAAAAAAAACGUGCUCACAAUAAACUGACUUACAUAAGCAA